UAGAUUAUCACCUCGGAAGCGAAGUAACCGGAGAUUGACGGAAUCAAAAUUGUACGCCGACGAAGUUAGCCAGGUGACCUGUGAAAAGGCUGUGAAUCGUUGUUAACUACGACGACAACCCAGACGUGUAUCUUAGACUGCCAGCAGCAGCAGGCCGAUUGCCAACUUAUCACUGACGUUGAACGCCAUGGAUAUCUCCUCAAUCCUCCAGGGUGGAUACCAGCACCCCCUGUCGCGCUCCUGGCAGGGUCGCAGGCAGCUUACAAAGUCCAUGUUCAUGUACCCCAUCUUCAUCACAGAUGACCUUGAUGCCAGCGUCGUAAUCCCAUCGCUGCCCGGUCAAUGCCGCUGGGGCGUCAAUAAGCUCGAGUCUUUCCUUGGCCCAUUGGUAAAGAAAGGACUGCAAAGCGUCAUCCUCUUUGGUGUACCCUUGAAUUGUGAAAAGGACGGCCGUGGUACCCCAGCAGACGACCCAUCUGGCCCCGUAAUCCAAGCUAUUAAAAAGAUCAGACUGUUAUUCCCAUCUGUGUACAUCGCCUGUGAUGUAUGUCUGUGCGAGUACACUUCACACGGGCACUGCGGUCUGCUCCAUGGUGACGGCACAAUCAACACCAAGCCCUCCGUCCUGCGUCUCGCAGAAGUGGCCGUCAACUACGCCAAGGCCGGUGCGCAUUGCGUAGCUCCCAGCGAUAUGAUGGACGGGCGUAUCAAGGCGAUCAAGCAGGCACUCAUGGAUGCUGACUUAGCCAGCAAGUGCACCCUUAUGAGCUAUUCAGCCAAGUUCGCAAGCGCAUUGUACGGUCCCUUCCGUGAUGCUGCUGGAAGCGCACCAUCGUUUGGCGACCGCAAGUGCUACCAGCUCCCUCCUACCGCCAAGGGACUCGCACGACGCGCAAUACAACGGGACAUGGUAGAAGGCGCAGACAUAAUCAUGGUAAAACCUGCGCUCCCAUAUCUCGACAUCAUUUCGGAUGCUGCACAGCUCGCACCUGACCAUCCCCUGGCUUGCUACCAAGUCAGUGGUGAGUUUGCGAUGGUCCACGCUGGUGCUGCUGCAGGCGUCUAUGAUCUGAAAACCAUGGCGUUUGAGACUACAGAGAGCAUGGUCCGGGCAGGCGCGACCCUGAUCCUCUCAUACUUCACGCCGGACUUCUUGGACUGGUUGGAGGUGUAAAAUUUUAGAAAACAAAAUCGAUGCCGUAUGGAGGCCAUGGACGGCACUAAAAGGCACUCUAUUUAUCAACUAACGUGUAAACUCGACUCGUUGUGGGUGUAAUAUAUGUCUUCUUGGCGGUGUAUACUUCCUGAGCGCUGAGCUCGGUCCACUUGAAAAUGAGGAUGGGAUGUAAUGGACGCCAAAAUCUAACAUCUUAUUCUCAUUCUCAAGUGAACUCGGUCAUCUAACAUCAC